UCUCCGCUCCGGUCUCCCCCCCGAUCCGCCCAGAGAUCCCGCCGCCGCCAUGGACUGCAACCCGCUGCCCCUGCCCCCUUCCUCCUCCUCCCCGCUGCUCUGGGACUGGGACGCCACCGCCGCCGCCGGGGCCGAGGCCGCCGCCGCCGCCGCGGCGUCGUCGUCGGCCAAGCGCGGGAGGGACGCGGCCAGGCGAGGGCGGCACCCCGCCCAGGCGGCCGGCGUGGAGGAGGCGGACGCGCAGGCGCAGGCGCAGGCGCGGUGCCAGGUGGAGGGGUGCGGGCUGGAGCUGGGCGGGUUCAAGGAGUACUACCGCAAGCACCGCGUCUGCGAGCCCCACACCAAGUGCCUCCGCGUCGUCGUCGCCGGCCAGGACCGCCGCUUCUGCCAGCAGUGCAGCAGGUUCCACGCACCUUCAGAGUUUGAUCAGGAGAAGCGGAGCUGCCGUAGACGUCUUUCUGAUCAUAAUGCCCGUCGACGGAAACCACAGACAGAUGUGUUUGCUUUUGGGUCUGGAACACUACGGCAAUCAGUAUUUGAUGAUAGGCAGCAAAUAAGUUUCACCUGGAAUAAGGCUCCAUUUAACCAUGCAAAUACCACUCCAAGUUCCUCAUGGACAUCUGACUUACAGCUCUCCCAAGUGAUGGACACAAGCAAAAGGUCACGAAAAUCUGGGGCAGACAGUGCAAGUAUCCGUUUGUCAAAUGCUUUUCCAACUCUUUGUCAUGACACAAAUCAGCUCUUACCAAGAAAAGGUGCAGAUGCAUCUGAAACUGCUUCAAAAUUAGAUGGAGCACUAGAUGUUCAACGUGCUCUCUCUCUUCUGUCAGCUAGUUCAUGGGGUUUGACUGACCCCGGACACCAAACGUCUUCUAUCAUCCAAUUUACAAAUUCGAACCAAAACACCAGGUUGCCAGGUGUACCAAAUGAAGGGAACUCUAAUGUACCCUUCUGGGUUGAUGGGCAACCUCAGGCACUAGAGCCUCAAGUGUUUCAGUUCACAAUGGACACCGGUAACACUAACACCGUGUUUCCAGAUCUAGAGCGGAUCAAACCUGCCUACGAAUCCACGCUGUUCGGUGUGAACCAGAUACGUUGAAGCCUGGAACGACCAGCACGGUCGUUGCUAAUAUGGAUGAACAAGCACACGGCGUCCUGGACCUUCCAAGAGUUGCCCCAAUCUGCCGAGUGACAAUGAUCUAUCCAUGUGUUUAUUUACCAUCCCAUAAUUCAGACAAACCCUGUGAACACCAACGUCUUGUACGAGUGUUGACGAAGUGUGUGCUAGUUUCAACCUUAUUUCUGUCAAAAUGUAACUACUGUCGUGCUAUUCUUUGUUCUUGGUGUUGUACAAACAACUAUUCAUUGUUCUUGGUGUUGUACAAACUACCACCUGACCAUCUGUUCCCAUGGAAGCUCAUUCGAGGAACAAUACAUGAUUUCCCCCCUCUGCAUACUUCUUUGUUAGUGUC